AUGGGGUUAGGCUUGUUUAAUCAACGCACCACACUACAAGCAACAAGAGAUAGACUACUUAAAGUAAUCAGUAAUCUUAAAAUGUCUUGUUUGUUACUGGAAGGCGACAACCAUGAACAAGUCAAAAUCCAUGAUGUAGUUCACCGCUUCGCAGCCUCAAUUGCAUCCAAGGAUCAUCAUGUCUUUACUGCAAUAUAUGAAACUGAGUUGGAGGAAUGGCCGAAUAAAGGCUUCUUUGAACAAUGCACAUCAAUCUCCUUGCCAUAUUGCAAAAUCCCUAAGCUUCCUGAAGUAUUUGAAUGCCCAAAACUCGAGUCAUUUUUUAUGUUUAAUAAUUCCUUGCUCAAAAUCCCGGAGAAUUUAUUCAGUAGAAUGGAAGAGCUCAAAGUCUUGGAUUUGAAGGGAAUGCACUUGUCACCACUGCCUUUAUCACUUCAAUACCUUGAGAACCUCCAAACAUUGUGUUUGGAUGGCUGUGUUUUGGAAGACAUUUCUGCAAUCGGAGAGCUAAAAAAAUUGCAAGUUCUUAGCUUCGUUCAAUCUACCAUUGUUCGGCUGCCAAGUGAAGUAAGGAAAUUGACUCGUUUGCGACUUUUGGAUUUGAGGAGAUGUCAAGGACUUGAAGUGAUUUCGCCAGAUGUCCUAUCAAGGUUAGCCCAGUUGGAGGAAUUGUACAUAGGGGACGGCAUUGCGCAAUGGAAGGGUGAAGGACAUGAUGAACCAAGAAAUAAUGCUAACCUGUCAGAAUUGAAGCUUUUGUCAAAGCUCUCCACUUUAGAGGUACAUAUCAUGGAUGCAAAUAUCAUGCCCAAAGAUUUAUUUUCUGAAAAACUGGAAAGAUUUAGAGUAUUCAUCGGUGAUGAGUGGGACUGGGACUGGCACGAGUACGAGAGAUAUGCUGAUUACAGAAGCUUAAGAACGUUGAAACUCAAGCUUAGUAGAAGCGCUCUGUUGGAGAGGGUAAAAGUGUUGCUGAUGAAAACUGAAGAUUUAUAUUUGGACGACCUAAGGGGUUUAAGAAGUGUCCUCUAUGAAUUACACGACCAAGGUUUUCCUGAGUUGAAGCAUCUCCAUUGCCUUGGGAAGCUUGAAGAAGUGGAUGUGAGUAGUUGCGAAAUUAUGGAAGAGAUAGUAGUUGAGGAAGGAAAAGAUGAUGAGGAAAUUAAUUUGAUACAAAUACGAUCCUUGACGUUGGAUAAUCUACCUCAACUUACAAGCUUUUGUUCGCAAGGCCAAGAGAAGGGGUGUUCUGCAUCCCAAAGAAAGCAAAAGGAAGCAGCAGUUGGUACAAGCUCUAAAGAAAUUGUAUGCGAGGACGAGAUUGAAGCUCCGUUGCCACUUUUCAGCAAAAAGAUUGGAUUCCCUAAUUUGGAAGAUAUCAAAUUGUCUGGGAUUAAUGUGAAAAUGAUAUGGCCUAAUCAACAUAUAGAAUCAUCUCUAUAUAUUGAAAAAUUAACGACCUUGAUUGUGGAUGGCUGUGGGAAUCUAAACUAUCUAUUCACAUCCUCUAUUGUUGGAAGUCUCGCACAACUGAAAACACUUGAGAUAUGUGAGUGCAAAUCCAUGGAAGAAGUAAUAAUUGCAGAAGGAGAAGGUGAAAUGAUGAGCAAAAUGCUAUUCCCUAAACUACACUCGCUGAAGCUCAAAGGUCUUCCCAGAAUUGUAAGAUUUUGCACAGCUAACUUAAUUGAAUGUCCCUCCUUGAAAGUGCUGCGGGCAGAUAACUGCCCUCAUCUACAUGCUUUUCUCUCUACUUGCACAAGCAAAAUGGAUUGCACAAGCCAUUUUCAAUAG